CCCGAGUAUCAGGACUCACAUCUGAGUGCUGCAGGGGGGUGAGACAUGCUUUUUACCCUGCGUUGCCGUCUGUGGUUACCUGUGCCGUUCGCAACACCCUGGGCCCAGGGGCACCCCGCGCCGCUGCACUCCGUGAGGCGGCGGGGCCGCUGCCGGCCCGGGCCCGCCCCGCUCCCCCGGGGCUGCCGGCAGCCCUGCCCGGGACCUGCCCCGGCCGGAGCCGACACCUGCGUUCCGCCUCCGGGCCGUGCCCGGCCCCGCGGGGCGCCGGGGCGGGGCAGGACCCGGCCCGCCCCGCUGAGCCGCAGGUAGGGCAGCCACCCACCCGAUCCCAUCGCGUUGUGCCUGUGCCCGGAGUCUCCGCGCCGCCGGCGCCGGCCGAUGGAUCCCGAGGCGGGGGGUGACGAGCUCUCCCACCUGCGCGCCCUCUUCCUGGCGUGCGACGCCAGCGGCUCGGGCCGCAUCGAGCGGGAGGACUUCGCCGCUCUCUGCGCCGAGCUGCGGGUCCGGCCGGCCGAGGCCGAGGCCAUCUUCCAGCGCCUCGACAGCGACCGCGACGGGGCCAUCACCUUCCCGGAGUUCGCCCGUGGCUUCCGCGGCGCCACGCGGCCGCAGCGCGGUGGCAGCGAGCCUGGGGGCGAGGACAUGGAGGAGGAGGCGGCGUCAGCGGCUUGGGUCGCCUCGGGGCUGGAACAGCCCUGGAAGGACUUCGAGGUGCGGCUCGGGGACGAGGCGAGGUAUAUCCCCAGACAAGAGCAGGUCAGUGUUCUGUAUCAGAACAUACACAUAGCAGAACCAAGAUUAAUCCAGCCAUAUGAGCAUGUCAUUAAGAAUUUCAUUCAAGAGAUAAAACUUCAAAGUAUAGAGAUGGAAACUCUGGCCAUAGCAGUAAAAAGAGCUCAGGACAAAGCAGCAGUUCAACUCAGUGAGCUGGAGGAAGAGAUGGAACUACGGAUACAGGCUGCAGAGCAUAAAGUUAAAAAGGAAGAGAAGCAAAAAGCUGAAGAAGCACUAAAUGAGCUGAAGCGCCAGUAUGACACUGAAGUUGGGGAUCUUCAGGUGACAAUAAAAAAACUUAAAAAGCUGGAGGAGCAAUCCAAAUACGUCAGUCAUAGGGAAGAUGUAGCUGAACUGAAGAAAAGAAUUCAUGAUAUGUUGCUGGAAAAUCAGAGACUUAAGAAAGAUCUUUUAGAAGCGCAGACAAAUAUAGCUUUUCUACAGAGUGAAUUAGAUACCUUGAAAAGCGAGUAUGCAGAUCAGUCUUUGAACACUGAGAGGGAUCUGGAAAUUAUCCGAGAGUAUACUGAAGACAGAGAUAAUCUGGAAAGACAAAUUGAAAUACUUCAAUCAGCCAAUAGAAAAUUACAUGACAGCAAUGAUGGUUUAAGAAGUGCACUUGAAAACAGUUUCAGCAAGUACAACAGAUCAUUGCGGUUAGCAAAUACCUCACCAGGAAGUACCAUUUCUAGAAGCAGUCCUAAAUUUAAUGGUGAACAUUCUCCUUUGAACCCACGGUAUGACAGGUCAUCUCAUUCAUCUUGUGUCGAUGAAGAUUAUGAUUCUUUAGCCCUGUGUGAUCCGAUGCAAAGGAUAAACUGUGAAGUUGACAGCCUACCUGAGAGCUGUUUUGACAGUGGUUUGUCUACCCUGAGAGAUUCAAAUGAGUAUGAUUCAGAAGUGGAAUAUAGGCAUCAAAGGAUUUUUCAAAGGUCACAGUGUAUGCAAGAAGGCUUUGGUGGUGAUGCUUCCGAUACAGAUGUUCCAGAGAUCAGGGAUGAAGAAGCAUACAGUCCUGCUAGCAGCACUGCAGUUUUGGACUGGAAGCCCUCACGACCUGUAAGUCGAAGCAGCUCAGUUGCUUCAACGAGGAGAUACAUAUCUGCUCUCACCCCUCAGAGGGAUUCUUUUUAUUUUCAGUCAGAUGCAACUGAAUUCACUCCAAAAUACCCCAGUUCAGAGAAGGCUUACAAGAUUGUUCUUGCUGGAGAUGCAGCAGUGGGAAAAUCCAGUUUUCUUAUGAGACUUUGCAAGAAUGAAUUUCGAGGCAAUACCAGUGCAACUCUGGGUGUGGAUUUUCAAAUGAAAAGACUAAUAGUGGAUGGAGAACCUACAGUGCUACAGCUGUGGGACACAGCUGGGCAGGAGAGAUUUCGAAGUAUUGCUAAAUCAUACUUCAGAAGAGCAGAUGGUGUCUUAUUACUAUACGAUGUAACAUGUGAAAAAAGCUUUAUUAAUGUGAGAGAAUGGGUGGAUAUGAUUGAGGAUGCAACUCACGAGAAUAUUCCAAUUAUGAUGGUGGGAAACAAGGCAGAUCUCCGUCAAGAUGUUACAGAGCAAGGGCAAAAGUGUGUGCCUAUAAACUAUGGAGAAAAGCUGGCUAUGACUUACAAUGCGCUCUUCUGUGAAACAAGUGCUAAAGAUGGAUCUAAUAUUGUAGAAGCAGUUCUUCAUCUUGCUCGUGAGGUGCGAAAACGAAGUGAUAACCGAGAUGAUACAAGAUCAGUAACCAGCCUGGCUGCCACACCUGUCAAAAAGUUGGCACUCACAAAAAAUUGUUGCAAUGUUUAAAUGACAAAUAAUCUUCCUUAAUUAAAUAACUUGUAUAUUUAUAAAAACCAAGCCAACAACCAAACUGAAAUAUUUCAGUACUGCUUUCUUUUUAUUAUGGAUUUAUACAUUUGUAUAUUUAGAAGCUACACGUAAUGUUCAAAAUCCAGACUCUAUUUUCUACUCAUUCAAAUUUAAGAAAUUGCUUCACCCCAUAGACUCUGGUUUCACUUUUCUUAAAUAAUACAAUUCAGUCCAAUGAUGUCAGAAUCAAUGCUACAGUAGUUACUGCGUACAAUAUUGUAAUAUAUAUUAUUGUCUCUACCUGCAUAUUUCUUUAUGGCAUCACUAUUUCUUACGUACAGAACUUAGUAAUAUCCAACAUCACUCACAGAUAAAGAAAAAAUUACAGUUUCGGUUAGUUUACUCUUUUUGAUCAUGUCUGCUUAUACACUUUUUGACAGCCUUAACUGUAUGUUGAUUAAACAUUUCUUAAGAAAACUCCAAACGAUUAAGGGUUGCCUAGGUCCAAGUAAUGCCUAAGUUUAGGGGAACCAGAAUGGUCUUUGUUAGGUAAAGACAGUGGCUGGUGCAUGGUAUCCUGUUGUAGUUCCUCAAAAGUUGGCAAUUUAGAAUGUGUUUCAUUUUGAGUGUUAGGUUUGACUAAGAACUGAGAAGUAGGCUUUACAUCCGAUCCUACACAGCUCAGACGUGAAAGAUACGUUUGUCUGGACUAUUACAGUUCAAAAAUCUAGAGAGAAUGUAACACCUGUGAUAUGUAAGACUGCUGAAAUGAGUUAUGAUCCAAUAUCUAUCUGCCUGUUUAAAGUAGAUAGUUGUUACUACAAAGUGAUAUGAGUUGUACUUUUUCCCUUAUUUUUUCAAAUAUCUUCUACUCAGUCAGUAAUUGAAGGAUUAUAAUAGUAUGUAGGAGUCUGAUUUAAUAGCUAUUUUUAAUGCAUUUUUAAUAAGUUUUAAAUCAUCAGGUGGAAGAAUUUCUGCACAUGCACAAGCAUUUGUGUAAAUUUUUCAUUAAAAGAGAACCCUGGAGUGAACAGAAGUCACCUUAAUGAGAGUUGCUUUGCCUGAUUUUAGAAAAGUUCUGUGAAACUUACCAGGAGUGGUAGCUUUGGGUGUCAGCAUCUCUAAACACUGAGCUAUUAUUGCAUAAAACAGUUCCCGAGAGUUCCAUAGUGUAGUAAAAAACUGUGGGCAUUUAGAGUUAGGGGUCAAAACCAGUUAUUCUUAACUUCCACUGAUCAGAGAGUGAGCAAACUGUUGUCUCCUCUGUUUCCAUCGAUAGAACAUCUCCAGACUGAAGCCUGGUUCAGUAAAUCAAACUUGGAUAAAGUUUUAUCAGCUGAUGGAAAACCCAUAUGACUAGCAGCUGUUUGCUGCACUUUAUCACCACCAUGUGUGAACACUGUAUGGCCUGUACUGUGUUAUCUCUUGUAAAAAAUGUGGGGGUCUGAAAAGCAGGAUGGUUCAUAAUUUACAAAAAAUAUAAAAGGUUUCAGCUAGGAAAAGUAUUGUUUUUUAGGCAUCCUUUCAAACCUGUAAUCAGAGCAGCUAAUCCUUGCGUAAUUAGCAGAAAACUUUUUAACGAGAGAGAGAAAUCUAAUGCCAGACAUUUUAUUUCACUGUAUAAUAGUUCAGCCCUAGAAGACAAAACAUGUUUGAUGAGUGUUUUUUGAAGUACUGGGAGAAUCUUCACAUGCUACCUAAUGCCAUGCAGGAGAUUUCAAGGUUGUGGCAUCUUCCCACACAGCAGUACAGGAGGCCUCAGUGUAGUUCUGAGACUUAUCUAAAGCAGGUAGCAGAGAAUGCAGGACACUUAGGUGCAUCAGGAAUAUGCCUAAUCACAUACAUAUUGUUUGCUGUUAACCCAAUAUUAUUAAAAGGAAAAAAAAGUGCAGUUUCAGUUAGCUUCUUUGAGGAGAAAAGCCAAAUUUAGCUGACAGCAUUGAUGAAGAAGACCUCUUCUGUGUGCUUUGUGUGAACUCUUCCCUCUGUUGAUAUGAGUGAAAUGGAAGUAAAAUUAAUUUGGGAUGUGUUUGUAGUAGGGAAAGGAGAGGAGGAUGAUACAGUGCUUAGUUUGUGAAGUGUGAGCUUUCAACAUGUAGGCAUUUGCAUUUUCUAAGGAUAAAAUCAUGGUUAUAAGCUCUUGCUUACAUUCCAAAAUGUUUCUCCUUCAAUGUUAACUUGGAGAGCCUGGACUGGGGAUCAGUGUUCUGUGUGUGUGUCCUGAGCUCUGUGGUCUUGGCCUGCAGUAAAUGAGGUGCAAUGUUUGCUUAAACAUUAUUGACACACCUGUGUGAGCAAAGUGUUUUGGCUGUAUACAGAGAAUCACAUAUGGUGAUUUGCAAGUUAGGAUUUCUGGAAGUGGUUUUGCCCAGCCUUCCAAGGACCCAAGCAGAGAUGGACUUUUGCCAGCCCUAGAUUUGGAUAUCUGUGGGUUUGGGUAGCCAGCCUGUGAAAAUGCCCCAACACAGAGGUACUACCACCAUUCUGGGCAACCUGUUCUCAUACUCGUCCUCCUUUUCUGGAUAAACAUUUUUCUUCAUGUCCAACUUCAGUUCCCCAAGUGACUACAAAUUUAUAACAGUUUUCCUGCAUUAUAUCGUCUCCUGCAACUAAGAAGAAUUUGACUACAGUCUUGGUGCCUUCUCUUUCAGUAUCUGUAGAUUUCCCGCGGUGUUGUCUCCACCAGUUUAACAACAUCAGGAGUAUCUCUUGCAAAGUAUCUCUGGGUUCCCUAUCCCAGAAUUAGUGGCCUGUGUGCAUGUGUAGUAAUUGUUUUUGUAUCUAGUAUUUUUACCAUGCAGAGGGUGCCAUGUGAAUAUCCAUGUUUGUAGAGAGACUGGUUGAAGGUAUGUGAAUUCAGGGACCUGCUUUCACAUAUUUUUCCCUCUCUGCCGGCCGCUGAUGGUUUGGGUACUUUUGUUUUUCAUUUAUCUUAAUAACUAAAUGUUUUUUAGCCAAAUUAUGUAGCCUGAAUCCAUUUAUUAAGUUCUAUAGGGUUUCUUGUGUCAGGUAAAGCAACUUUAAUUUGAAACAGUGUUGUUUUCUAAAUAAGAUUCAGCAUUGAAGGUUGUUAGCUGUUAAUAAAAUUUUACGUUGGAGUAAAUUUAUGAUCAACGUCUAGAUGACUGAAAAAGCACUAUUAAAUGGGGAUAUAGCUGUAGCUCAGUUGGAACUCAUUUUAGAAAUCCCAUGAUGGUCAGCUCCAUCAUGUCUUGAAUGCUAACAUAAUACCAUGUUGAAUUCAUGUUAAAGCAAAGAACUUGGAGAAACACUUAAAUCUAGACAUUAAAGCAUGUAUUUUUACAUGGAAAUAAUGCAUAACUUUUUUUGUUGUUUCACUUUAAAAGGUUACCUUGUCUUCAAUCUAAAAGGUAAAAUGGCAAACAUCAGCUUUAUGCUUUGACAUGGUUGCACUAUUGUUCUUUGAAUAUUUUUAUUGUUUUGUUUAGUACAUAAGAACUAUUCAUUUAAUCGCACAAAUUUAUUUUUUUAGUUAGUGGAAAUGUUCCCUUACUACAUGUAUUUAUUUGAAAUGGAAAGGUCUUCUAUGUUUUUCCUCGUGAUCUGUAAAUAAAUUAUUUUUAUUCAGUUGACAUGGAAACAUUAUUUUAUCCUGUAUUUUUGACCUUUUUAAUUGUAAUUUAUUACACAUUUCUGAGGCAAUAAUUUCUGUUACACGCUCCAAAAAUGUUUUGAUCACAUAACUUUUUAUAACCACUUUGUGCCUGUUCAGCCUAUAUUAGUGGCUUAACAAACCACUGCAGCUUCUAAGUUCUGUUAUGGCCUUACAUGGCUCAAGCAUUUUUCUGUGUAACUACUUUUGAAUUGACUAUAAAAUCCUUUGUUAGGAAAAAAAUCCACAGUUACAAAUUUGCAUAAGAUGCAAAAAUGUAGUUAAGGAUAAUAUCUGUAGGCCACUCCUUCAAGGAACAUCAUUUAGCUGUGCAUACAUGCAGAUCUCCAAGUAAAGUAAUAGGUUCUGUGCUAGUGCAGGCAAUCCUUUUAAAGAGGUUUUCUAUUUUUGCCCCUAUCCACUGCUAUACAGCAAUGGUAGGGGUAGCAUUUUAGGUAGAAAUACUGCAGUAAACAUUCCCCAGUUCAUAAACCAAAGGGAGAAGAAAUAUAUUCAUGUAGUAAUGGUACUUCGUUAUAUUAUAAAGAAACAUAUUUUCAAGAUGUUUCUAGCUGUGUUAGAUAGUUAUAAGAAUGGACCAAUAUCUCAUGUACAGUUCCAAUGGCCUUCACCACUACCUCUGCCAGACUUGAUAUAGCGUGUAAUUCUAUCUAACCCUGUCUGGGCUACUUAUGGAUUAGAGAGGCUCUUCAGUUAUUUUAUUAUUUAUCUUCCUCUGUAUUGCUGUCAGGCUUAAUCCUUUCUUAUUGGUAUCCUUAGGACUAGUAAUGUCAAUAUUUGCCAUUAUUAAUUUUUUUAACUAGCUCUUAUUUUGAUAAAACUUCUUGUAAAAGAAAAUCUGACUCAAUAUAUAGUGUUACUGAGUUUGCACAAAGAAGUCCUUUGCAAUUCUGCUCCUUGAGUUGUGGCUUCAGAUAGCUGGACUAAUAGGAAAUUGAUCAUUAAGUGGCCGAGUAACAAAUAAAACCAAGUGUUGGAGGUUUCCCAUUGAAUGUAAAAGGAAGUAUGUAAAAUAUAUUUUCAUACUAGUAUGAGGAAGAAAUUGUGCCUAUUGUGUGUUCAUCUUUCAGUAAAAGUCUGUAUAUUCUAUAAAAAAGGUUCUAAAUUGUGAAAAGUUUUUAAAAAUUUUAUACUGUUUACAAGUAAAACUGGAUUUAGAGCAGCUUGUUCCUCCUUAAAACAACUGAUCACUUUAUUUACUGUAAGUUUAUGUAUGUUUAAAACAGACACCUUUCCUGUAUUACAAAUUACUGUGUAAUAAAGUACGUUUCAAUAGC